AUGCUUGAGGGUGCCACAGGUUGGCUGCUGUUUGCCUCUGGUUGCUCACUAGAACUGGGUUAUCUGGGUGCUCAACCGGUUCUGGCUACGUCCAAGCUGGGUCUCCGCCAGGUGAAUGGUGUUACCAGGGUAACCAUCCUCAAAUCCGAGAACAUCGUCAUCACCAAACCAGACGUGUACAAAAGUCCUGCUUCAGAUACCUACAUUGUAUUUGGUGAGUCUAAGAUGGAGGAUAUGUCACAGCAAGCCCAGCUACAGAGAAGUUCAAGAUCCAGGGAGACGCCCACCGUACAGGAGGAGAGUGAAGAGGAAGAGGGGGUGCUUUUCUUGCUCUUGACGGCCAUCGUGUCAAUAUUAACAAUGGCAAUUACGAACGGGAGAAAAUUCUGGACAGUGUCCGUUUUAUUGGAUGUAGCUGCAGAGAAAUUCAACAGAAAUAUGGUGCUCGUGAAGGUGAGCCCCUUUGUUCGAUAAUUUAAAUUGAAUUUACCCUUUUUGGACUGGUUUAACUACAUGUGAUAUCUAAACUAAAAAUGUAUUUAAUCAGUUUUUCUCAUCGAUCAUGCAUGAUUUUAUUUCAGAUGGUCUGUAUUACCUCACCACCUCCAAUGGUCUAGUGUACCAGAGCUACUGUGACAUGCCCACAGCUGGUGGUGGAUGGACACUGGUAGCCAGUGUGCAUGAGAACAACCUAUAUGGGAAAUGCACUGUGGGGGACCGGUGGUCAAGCGAGCAGGGAAGCAAUCCCAACCGCCCUGAUGGAGAGGGGACAUGGGCCAACAUGAACACCUUUGGGACUCCAGAGGGUGCAACAUGUGAUGACUACAAGGUAAAAUCUUAUUUACUUUCUGUACAUCAAGCUUACUGGGGAACUGAGUGUGGGAAAAAACAACAUAAUAAUAAGUGAUGAGUGAUUAUGCCAUGAGAUUAUAUUUAAAAAUAGGGAUGUACAGUGGGGAAAAUAAGUAUUUGAACCCCUACCGAUUUCGCAAGUUUGGCCACUUGCAAAGA